GCACAUUCUUCUGAAGCAGCUGUGUUGACACCUGACACAGGGGGUGCACCUGAGAUGGUACAGCCUGUACAGCAGACUGCGAUGCUGCAACGUCCGGCGCCACCGGAGCGUCCUCCAGAUACGAGGCCGCGGGAGGCUCUAGAGAUGCCAAUGAGGUCAGAGGCGUGGUCUGCCAGGUCUGAGGCAAAGUCUUCGGACCCGGAGUGGGCUGGCAGUGCCGAAGAAGCGGCGGGUGCUGCUCCUAUGCAGCAUCCUGUCCCACCACGUCAGCCGGCAUUCAGUCACCAGGACGCUCAGCUAUUAGACCAGGUGGUACACCAAGCCCUUGACCUCACCAAGAACAGGCAGUUUGCGGAGGCCGAAAGAUGUCUCGCUCAACUGGCCAGUGAACACCCAGAGUUGGCCGACUCCAAGGAAAUGAAGGCGGCCCACCAGACCGUGGCAAUCUGCAAGCAGCUCAAUGACAGCUGAAUUUCGGGGGAUGGGUCAACACGAUUUUUUGGGGAUGAAC